CCAAUCAAUUUUCGCACGAAAUUUAUUUCGCAUAGCAACCUGCACGUUAAGCAGAGAGAGUGGUCAUUUCUAGAAACUUUUUCACGUCGUUCAUUUUGCAAAGCUUUGAUUCUUCAUCGUAAAUUCAGACAGAAACAAACAUGACGUCAUUCAGGCCUGCAGAUUCCAAGCGUGAAGAGUACAGGAAGUACCUGGAGAAGGCUGGAGUGUUGGACUCUCUCACUAAGAUCCUCGUCUCGCUGUACGAAGAACCCGAGAAGCCCAACAAUGCACUAGAUUUCCUCAAGCAGCAUCUGAACGUAGCCGGCCCAGAGACGGCCGACGUGGAGGCAUUGAGACUACAGGUCAGUGAGCUGCAACAGAAGGUGGAGCAACUGCAAGAUGAGAAUAAGGAACUCAGGGCGAAGUUACAGCAAGAGAACCCAGAUGAGGGCCAGGGCUCCGAGAGCUAGAUCGCGUCAAGGAAGCCUCUCAACCAACUUAUCCCAUUAAGUGCCAGAUUCCAUCGAUACGCUUAGCAGAUGAAAUAGCUCAUGAUGUUCACAUAGAAAGGGUUGCUGGUAUUUCACAAGUUUUCUGCUAAGCAUUUUUGUAAUUUUUUUCUUUGGAAUGAACCCCAAGUAAGCAUCAAUACUGUACUUGAGUGAUCUGUGAAAACAAAAGCAUAUUUGCUUUUUAAUCUUUGCCAUUUCCAAGGCCCAAUCGGUCAAUCUGUACAGUACCAGGACCGAUCUAAUCGCCAAAAAGUGCCCAAUCUCAAUCACAAGGAAAAUUGGAUGGCACCGAAUGUAUUCACAUGGCACCCUAGGGAUAAAACUUUAAAAGUUUUUAUUCAGUUUUGGCAAAAUAGUUCCUCGUCACUGAAGUUUUAGUUAGUGGUCUUCCAUCUGAAAACAUGUAACAAUACAAGUACCAAAUCUAUGUGUAAAUCUCACCUUUUCAUAUCUGUAGAUUUUACUUUAUCUUCACUCAAAAGUUGUAAACAAAAGCUGAUUUUUGUCAUCCCCAAUGGAGGUGUAUUUUCCUUUACUUUUCAAAAGUUUCAGUUUCUUCAGUGUGGAUACAUUGUCCUGUUGCAUUUCAUGAUUAUGAUGUGUAUAUAAUUUGUGUAUAUUUAAAAGAAUUGAGUUCAUGUAGAAGAAAAAAGUUUGUUGGAUCUCAUAAUGAUUCAUAGGCUAUUUGUGCUGUUUCAAAAUUAUUUUUAAGAUUUGUGUAAAACAAGAAAACAAUCUUUCAGAUGCAGCUCCGAUAUAACUUGAGCAAAACCACAAUUCUGAAGUAACUUAUUAAACUUCAUCACAGAUCCUUUUAAGGUAGAUGUUAUUUUCCCCAUAUUGUUUUUGCAGAUUAUCUAUCACCUUACAAGCUUCAUUAACCAGUAUGACUAAUUUAGAAUACUGAACAUUCUGUGUGUUAAAAACCUUUUCCCGUGUGUGUGUAUUAAAAAAAAGAUAAAUUAUAUCCACAAUAA